CCCAGACCACUUGCAGAGAGUGGCAGCUUGUAUCUCUACCCAUCAACCGAUUAUCAUCGCGCAAAGUCAAGAGUCAAGACGCUCGAAUCGUGCCAUGCACCACGCUUUAUUUCUCCCUGAAAUUACAUGGAAUAUUUUCGAGUUCUUGAAUCCUUUUCUUUCGGGUCCCGAAGGCUCACAUGAGCCUAAUCCACUUCGUCUGCGGGAUCUCGCAGCAGUUGCGAUAACAUGCCAUGCGUUGAGUGGUCCGGCACUCGACGUGCUAUGGGACACUCAGUUAUGCUUUGGGCCAUUGCUGAUGUGCAUGCCGCCGUCCAUCGUUGGAGUUUGGGAUCGUUGUGUUGACGAACGCAACUCGGAUGAUGAUGCAGUGAGGAUUGUACUUCGGCAUGAACCAGACUUCUUUGAAGACAACCGCGAUGAUUACAGCACCUGAUUCAAGACACUUUGCCCUCGAAUCUGUUACACUUGCUUCCUUAUGCUCGACGCAUUAGGAGGAUAGGUUUGCCUGAAGCCGAAUGUCGAUGGCGUCUUCCCGAAACAUUUUCGAUCCCCUG